GUUAGUCCAUGCGAAUCGUCUGGCCUUGUGCGGGGCUUUCUACGUGACACAAGGAUUUAGGCCCUGAGUGCCCGAUAGCUUUGCCCCAAAGCGGUGGACCAUGUCGCUAUUCAAGUCUAGCCUGCCUGCGGGCUUCCUAUUCCCCUAUCGGCACCCCAAGGCCAAGGGGCUUGUUGAGGGCACGCUUUAUGGACUGGGCUCCCUGUUUCGCGGCGUGGGCGCCGCGCUGGAUGAGCUGGGCUCUAUGGUUCAGGGCCCUCAGGGUAGUGUCAAGGACCACGUCCAGCCUAACCUGGCGUUUGCACCAGUGCACCGCAAGCCGGAUGUGCCCGUUAACGCGGGCCAGGUGGUGCCCGCUCCACCCGCUGCUGCUCGCACGCUGAAAAUCAAGGAGGUGGUUGUGCCCAACAAGCACAGCACCGCGUUCGUGGCUGCCAACGCCAAUGUGCUCGGGAACGUUAAGCUGGGGGCGGGCUCAUCGGUGUGGUAUGGCGCCGUGCUGCGCGGUGACGUGAACGGCAUUGAGGUGGGCGCCAACAGCAACAUCCAGGACAACGCCAUCGUGCACGUGUCCAAGUACAGCAUGGACGGCACGGCACGGCCCACCGUCAUCGGCAACAAUGUGACCAUUGGCCACGCCGCCACGGUGCACGCCUGCACCAUUGAGGACAACUGCCUGGUGGGCAUGGGCGCCACCGUGCUCGACGGAGCGACGGUCAAGAGCGGCUCCAUCGUGGCUGCCGGCGCCGUGGUGCCGCCCAACACCACCAUCCCCUCGGGCCAGGUGUGGGCCGGCUCGCCCGCCAAGUUCCUGCGCCACCUGGAGCCGGAGGAGGCCAGCUUCAUCGGCAAGUCUGCCAGCUGCUACGCCGAGCUGUCCGCCAUCCACAAGUUCGAGCAGAGCAAGACGUUUGAGGAGCAGUACACGGAGAGCUGCAUCAUCAAGGACCGCGCCGCUCUGGCCGACCCGUCAAACUCAGUGCACCAGAUGUGGGAGUACGACAGCCAGACGGCGUUGGUGGCCCGCGCCAAGAGGUAGAGAGAGGAGCUGCAAGGGCUGCUGCGGUAGGCAUGCACUGCAGGCAGGCAGGGUUGCCAUGGCAGCAGUCGAGGUGAACGACACGCGCGUAGGCUGUCAUGCGUUCGGCGUUGAAUGAGUACGGUGCACCGCACCAACAGCGGCUAAUUAAAGUAGCGGAAGUAUAGUUGAGACAACCACAGAUUUAAGUAAUGUAGCGUCAAUGUACCGUGGGGCAUGGGCGCCCCAAACCUAUUUAAAUGACUCCCUAUCUCUCUUUCACUCUGAAACCCCCAGCCU